GUUCAAAGGCGGUCUAAGAUGGAGCCGGGAACGCAUCCACAACUCAGAAAACAGCGUAGAAAAGCCUUCAUGGCUUGCAUACAUUGUAGAGCCUGUAAAACAGGCUGCGAUGGCAAGUCACCGGCAUGCUCUAGAUGUGCUGGUCGUGGUUUGCGGUGCGAGUAUUUACCCAUCCGAAAGAUGCGAGGUCCUGGGAAGAAGAAAAGGAGUGUCAAACACUUGGAACAGCGACCCAGCCUACCACAAACCGAGUUUCAGGGGAGAGUUGUGUUAGAUAACAACGAGAACUACUCAUCCAACAAUGAUGGCUCGUCUGCUGCGAUGAUAGAUAUACCUGAACCUCAUGUCCAUCUCGAACUAUCUGGGGAGUCCAGAGACUUAGAAGCGCUUCUACAGCAGAAUUUUCCAAUGUUUCUUGAACCUGAGAACAAUAUGGUGGCUCUCCAAGACUUAAAGCGGGCUAUUGAAGAAGAACAGACGUCGCCCGAAGGUUUUGUUCCUCUAAUAUCCCAAGAUCAGAUUCAGCACAUAUUUGAGAUCACCUAUAACGAAAUUAUGGCAGUUUGUCCAAUUUUCGAUCUUCCGACGCUCAGCAGGCUCAACGCCGAACAGCACGCGGUCAGCAGCGCUCAUCCGGCUAGUAAUCCAGCCCGAUGGGCAAUUAUAACUACUUGGAUUGCCAUGGGGGUGCUCUUCAAGACGACGUCUGGGUCAGAAGACGAACUGAAUUAUGUUAGUAAGGCCUACUAUCGCAACGCGGUCUUGGUACUUCCAGACCUUAUCCUGCAGCCUGCAAGCAAAGAAACAAUUCAGGCGCUGCUGUUUAUGGCCAUGUAUGCCGAGUGCUCGAUGGAUCAUCGAUCUUAUGUUAUGUUAGUGACCAAUGCUGUCCGUCAAAUUGAGCUUUUAACUCCACGACUUUCUGAAGUGCGGGACCGGUGUGAGAAAGAGUCCUGCAAGAAUGAGCUGUCCUUUGCGCAACUACAGGACAUUAAGGUUGCCAGUAAUUACGGCAUGACAUUACUUUUAGGUUCUCUUGUCAUCUAG